GCGCCAUUCGAACCCGUUGGGCGCGGAGGAGUCUCAUUGGACAAGCUCAUUGAAGAUCAGGUAGCGGAAGUGCACGGUGAUGUUGACGAGGUCCUGCACCGAAUGCAGGAAACUGAUGAAUAUAAACCCGAGCACAAAGAGGAACAUCACCACAAAGAGGAUCAUCCGCCUAAAGAGGAACACGAGCACAAGGACGACCGAUAUCGCCACCAUUACGAUGAGGAUUCCGAUUCAGAUGAACCGGAUUUCCGCAGUCAAACACCGGAUGCGGACGAGUCGACGUUCAAUCGUCGUGGGCCACUUACGAUACCCGAGGUACCUGAGACACUUCCAACUCCAGCCACCCAUGAUGAUAUUGUUGAAGUUGAGCAACCAGAGAUUUCGCCUAUCCAGAGCGGUUUCGACAUUCAUCCACGCCCACCGACACCGCCAAAAGACAUCAACGAAGAGCUCGUGAAACCGUCCGCUUUCAGUUUACCACAUACGACGCACACGUCAUCACACUGUGAGAUUUUCUUCGGAUUGUUUUCUAUUUUC